CCAGCCUCGAUCGUUGCUGACUCCGCACGCCCUCGCGCAUUGAUUGUUCGUCGGCCUCUACGUUGCACACAGAUCUCGAAAUCAUUCACUAUACACAUACCAACGACUUAAGAGGCAGCCCUGAGAGCGUGAAGACCAUCCUAUGGCCACGGCAACAUCAUGUCAACGAUAUCACCAGCUAUAGAACGUAGACCAACGCUGCAGGACCGUACACUCUCCGGUUCGCCCGAUGUACUGCGGCACGCGCCUCCUUCGCCAAAGCGCAAAAGCUCGGAGAGCGUAUUGAACCACGAUGGCGAAAACGACAGCUCGAAGAAGGCGAAGAGGCGCAAAGUCAAUCAUGCCUGCGUGUACUGCCGACGAUCACAUAUGACUUGCGACCUUGAAAGACCAUGCGCGCGAUGCGUCAAGAGAGACAUCGGGCACCUUUGCCAUGACGAGCCUCGAGAGCCGCCCAAGCGGACCAAGAGCGAACUUGGGUUAGCAGAGCUUGCACCUGCUCCGGAAGAGGAGCAGGACAUACGGCACAGUAUAGGUAGCUCGGGUGGUCUAGACGCGGUCCAUGGCGCUCUGCCGCCGGUAUAUGGCGGCGAUAUGGCCGGCUUGAACGGUAGCAUCAGCGCAGCAUCCACUCAACCCCAGCAGCAACCGCAGUUGGCGCAGCCCAAGCCUCUGUCGCCUACUCUGCUCCAGCGAUCGCAACACCUAACGAACAAUACGAAUAACAUGAACACGCUAGCUCCGUCGUCGACCUUCGAUUGGAACAACAACAGCGUCAAUGGCCAGUUCCAGGACAUGCAUCAUCUGCACCCGAACUACAUGUUCAACACAUCUGAGGUUACGAACGAAUAUAAUCUGCUCAAUGACUUCCUCUCCAAUUCCCUCCUCGACGACGGGGCACUAUAUGGAUCCAAUGACGCCGCUGAAUCGCUUUUCAACGACCCUCUGCUUACUACCUCUUCGCUGAGCGCGCUGACCAACAACUUCCAACAACUUCCGCCACAGCCGCCACUACUGCCACCGCCACCCCUACAACAGCCACAAAUCAAUCAAAACGCCAAAGCAGGCGAGGAGAUCUCCCGUCCUUCAUCCGCCUUCCCCAUCUCCGACAAAGCCCGAGAUAAGUUCUACAUGACCGCUGCCGACCCGGCCGGGCUGGACAGUGCCGGCUCCCGCUUGCACAAGCUACUCAAGGCCAAAUACGAUGCCGGCAUGCUCAAACCAUUCAACUACGUCAAGGGUUACGCAAGGCUGCAAUCAUACAUGAGCCGACAUCUGCACCCAGGCAGUCAACGCAGGAUCUUGGAGCAGCUCAGCAGAUUCCGGCCAAAGUUUAGAGAAGCCAUGCACUCCCUAACUGACAUGCAGCUUGUGCUCGUCGAGAUGUGGUUCGAGCGAAGCUUGAUGGAGUAUGAUCGAGUCUUCGCCUCCAUGGCCAUACCGGCCUGCUGUUGGCGGCGCACAGGUGAGAUCUUCCGUGGCAACAGGGAGAUGGCUGAGCUGAUCGGAGUGCCGAUGGAUCGGUUGCGGGAUGGAAAGAUUGCCAUUCACGAGAUCAUUGCCGAAGACUCGUUGGUUAGCUACUGGGAGAAGUUCGGCGCGAUUGCGUUCGAUCAGACUCAGAAGGCUAUCCUGACGUCGUGCUCGUUGAAGAGGCCGGCGCCGGAGCCAGGCGGCGGUGGGGACGAAAGCGCAGGCAACCGUAGCGACGCACCAACGGCCUCUGAAGGGAAAGGGACAGAGAAAGGGGAGGGUGUACGGUGCUGCUUCUCAUUCACUAUUCGAAGGGAUACGCACAAUAUUCCGUCCCUCAUUGUGGGCAACUUCUUGCCGAUCCCGCCGGCCCGCUCAAAAUAAGCACUGUGAGCUUUGUACAUACGCAAGCGCUGCUCGACGAUCGAUACAAUGCUACGGUCUUGUGCAUUGCACAAAUGCAGCUUUUUGGUCCGAUGUUGAAAAGGAAUUGCCAAGGCUCCAGUGCAAGCUCUAAAGCAUCCCGCACCUCAAGCUUUGAGCUCCCUUCACCACGUGCAAAGGUUCCGACAACUCCAAUGGUACUUUCGUUCCUGCGCUAAACGCGAUACUUGGAGCCAUUGAGUCACCCUGCAGCACUUCUGUCAGUUCAGGCGAGCUGCGAUCGCAAUGGUACCGCGUAUAGAAAGGUAGGAAAACCUGCCAAACGCCUGAAACUCAUGAGGUAGGACAAUUUCGUAGAUACUGUCUCGCC